AUGGGACGACGCGCGACGCUCGCGGUGACCCGCGCCACCGACGAGAAGGACGCGAAGACCUCGAUCGACGACGAGACCGUCUCCGAGACGGUCCGCCGCAGGCGCGAGGCCGCCAAGCAGGGCAAGGACAACUCCCCCACGCUCAACCCGCUGGAUCUCGGACGACGCGCCAGGCAGCUCACCGACGGCUUCUUCAAGGGCAUCACGGGGUUGACGCAGCUCGCGCGGUCGCCGUCCAUCGACGAGGCCAAGUACGACGCCGUCUACUCCGCCGAUCUCCUCGCCGGCGACGACCUCACGGAGUACGAGACCCCGAACGCGCGAUUCACCACCGUCCUCGUCGUCGGCGCCGCCGGUCGCGUCGGCCGAGUCCUCGUCCGCAAGCUCCUCCUGCGCGGCUACACCGUCAAGGCUUUGGUGCGAAAGGAAAGCGACCGCGAGAUCUUACCGGACAAGGUGCAGGCGUACGUCGGGGACGUCUCCGACGCAAAGACGUUGGAGCUCGCCAUGUCCGGCGUCAACAAGGUGGUGUACUGCGCCAGGGCGAAGACGUUCAUGGCGUCCGAGCUGGCAAACGUCGACUCGGAAGGCGUCCGCGUCGCGGCCAAGGCGCUCCAGGAUUACAACAACUCGUUAGCGUCCAGGCGCGCGGGUCGUAGCCAAAAGUCCAAGCAGAUGCUCUACAGCUUCGCCAAGUUCCGCGACGUCUUCGAAGACUGGACCGUGGACGAGACGAGGCUGGUGAACCCCGAGGAUGGGCGCUGGCAAGCCGCCGCCGAGGUGGCGCAGCGCGUUUUCUUCGACAAAGAAGAAAAGGAUGCGUCCGACUCCACCGACGGAAGGUCUCCUUACCCGACGUUCAGCGGGUACGUGUUCGCCAAGACGGGCGUGGCGCAGAUUUCGUGCGCGUGCGACGCCCUCGGAAGCGGCGACGCCGCCGGCGCCGUCGUCCUCCGCGACCACGAGGGCGUCUUACUUCGCCUCCGCGGCGACGGCAAGCGGUACUCCGUCGUCCUCUCGGAGGGCGGCGUGGAGGGACGGACGUUCAUCGCGCCGUUCGCCACGACGGGGAAGUGGCAGAUCGUGCGCAUACCGUUCGCGCAGUUCAGGCCCGAGGUGUUCAACCGCGCGUACAACAGCGGAGGGGACGCGGAGGUGGACGCCGUCGCGCCCGUCGACCUCAACGCCAUCGAUCGGAUCGGGUUGCGCUUUGAGGCGAGGAACCAGAGCCGCUCUGGAAGCUCCGGAAGCAACGGCGCGGGGGCCCCGGAGUGGAUGUCGGAGCUCGACGCCCCGUCCAACAACAGCUUCGAGCUCGAGCUGGAGUACGUCAAGGCGCUGCCCAAGGGCGAGGAGACGGAUUUCGUCCUGGUGUCCUGCGGCGGCGCGGGAUUGCCAGACGGCGAGGACCGCGAUAAGCUCGUGAGGGCCAAGCGCGACGGCGAGCGAACGCUUCGCAACUCCGGCCUGGGGUACACCAUCGUCAGGCCCGGUCAGCUGCUGGAGGAGCCCGGCGGGAACAAGGCGCUGGUGUUCGACCAGGGUAACCGCAUCUCCAACUACAUCUCCUGCGCCGACGUCGCGGACGUGUGCGUCAAGGCGCUGCACGAGACGGAGGCUAGGAACAAGUCCUUCGACGUGUGCUUCGAGGCUGAGGUUGGAGGCGCGUACGAGAAGGUGGCGAUGGUGGCGGGCAAGAGCAACAACUACCUCGCCCCGGCGCUGGCGGUCCUCGAGAAGAACACGUGA